UAUGUCAAAGGUGGCGAAGGGAGUUAAGGGUUUCAAAUCAAAAGGAAAAUUUUUCAAAAUCAUGGGACCAAAGGGCGAGGAUAGAAAGGCCUUCCAUAUCCCUGAGGAGUACGAAGAAGUAGGUAACUCUGACAAUGGGUCAUUUGAGGAAAAAAUACAAGAAGAGGAAUUGAUUUUUUACCAAUACAAAAAGCAGCGUGACAUCGCCAGGAAACUAGGGGCGGAUCCAGACGAGGUGGAAAUGCCCGAGAGAGCCAAAGAAUACAUGAAAGCAUAUGGUGCUGACACAGCAUCGCAGGACAAAUUGAAGGCAUCCCUAGCUCAGAGAAAAAGUAAUAAAAAUCGUUUGCUGCAAAAACUUAAUGGAAAAAAGCAAGGCAAAAAGAAAGGAAGACGAGGCAAAAAGAAAGGAAGGCGACGGAGACAGAGCCAGAAGGGGCGGGGCAAGCGCAUGGCGAUUAAUGACAAAGAUCGUUUCUGGACCAAUGGAAUCAUUCCUUACGUAUUUACCUCGGAGAUAAAAUCUGAGGAGGAACGAAUGGGUCGCUUGCGCGCCCACAGAAGGUAUGAAUACUGGACCUGUAUCAGGUUUGUUCCAUGGACUGAAACAACGGCAAGUGAUUAUGGACUGGACCACAGUAACUAUCUCAAACACGUGGACAACAAUGGAUGCUGGUCAGUCUUGGGCAACACAAAAAGAAAUGGACAGAAAAUUUCUUGCUGCAUGGAUGAGUCGUGCGUUCACGAGAUUGGCCAUGCUAUGGGACUACACCACGAACAGAAGAGUUACCUCCAUCACGAUUACGUCAGAAUCAACUUUGACAACGUCAUGCCAGACCGUGUAAAAGAAUAUCAAGAAGAGGAUCCCUCAGGUUCAAAGACGUUUGGAUAUUAUGACUUAGGGACUAGCAUGCACUACAAUAAAUUUAUGUUCUCUGCCAACGCGGAGCCAACAAUGACGGUCUUUGACCCAAACCUUGAAUAUCUCAUGACGACUCCCGACCCUUAUAACUACUACAUGUUCUAUGAGAUUUCUAAAACGCACAAGUGCCAAGAAAUGCGGUGUGCUGAUUUCAAGACGGAAUGUAAGAACGGGGGAUAUGUUUCAUACAUCCGGGACAUUUGCACUUGUCGAUGUCCUGAGGGACUUGACCCCCAGACCGGAUGUACAACAGCGUACCAUGGAGACGAUUUAUUACGCAAUGCAAAGUGGCCGUCCAGCGGGUUUUCCAUGCUUAAGCCUAGUAAUGGUUGUCCAAGUGGAUUCAAGGAGGGGAGCCUCGUUCUCGGUGUACCCAGCUCUGACCACUCCGAACUGUACAAUAUAGAUACUGAAAGUAGUGAAGGCGAAUUCACACUGAAGUUCUGCACAAAGGAGGACACUACCAGUACAGAUACACAGUGGGAACCAGGCCAGUACUGUAUACUAGGUACAAAGAAGGAAUGCCCCAGUGGAUUUGAAGAUGGAUAUGUUGUCAUUGACAAUAACAAAAGUCCUCGUGUGACGUCACUUCCCGUUCCUGAUAUAAAAGUUGACAAUAAUGUUGGCUUGCACUUUUGUUGUCGGAAUGAUGGAAGCUUCUUUGACCAGAUGUAUCUUCCCAGUGGUCAGCCGUUCGUGUUGUUUGAAAAAGGAUACGAUUGUCAGGAGGUGAAAGACAUGAUAACUACAAGUGAAUGGUUGAUGAUCGAAAACGACCUGUCUGGAGAAUAUAAAAUAGUUGGAUCCGCACCAGAUAUCACUGUUAGAGACGACAACAGUUACUUCAUAAACGUCUGCUACUACUCACCCGUCAACUAUGAUUGUGGUGACGUCAUCAAUCUAACCAAAGACAAACCGACCGUGACAAUAACAUCCCCAAACUUUCCUGAGGACUACAACCUUAACCAGCGAUGCCAGUGGACAAUACAGAGUCCCAACAAUACCAAACUAAAAUUAGCUUUUGAGAAGUUCGAGGUGGAACUCAGGGAAGACGAUUCCUGUGGGGACUAUCUCGAAGUCAGAUUUACACUUCCGGGUCAUCCAGGGAUCAACUACUGUGGUUCUACAUUUGAUCCCACUAUUGUCACCGAGAUGAACUAUCUUGGCUUGGUGUUUUCAAGUGGCCCUGAUGUUGUACGAGGCGGGUUUAAAGCCACUGUGUCGCUUUUAACAGAGGAUGAUCUAUGCUACACGGAAAAGGGAGAAGAUUACAGAGGAAGCGUAAACUUCACCAAAAACUUCGAGCCCUGUCUUCCCUGGAGUGAAGUCCAACACUGCCCCCACAGCGCCUUCAACUCACAUGAUCUUGAUGACAGUCUUGAUGGUAACUUUUGUCGAAACCCUGGCGAUGGUACAGCACCAUGGUGUUACAUUCACCGAGAAAAUUGCGAGAGGAAUUACUGCGAUCCCUGCGGAUUGGGUCACUGUUUUGACAAAUAUUUCGACUGCAAAGAGUUACUCUCCAAUGGAACGGCUGUGUGUGAGAGCGAUAUAGACAUUAGAUAUGGUUGCCGGAAGUCUUGUGGGUAUUGUGACGUGGAACCAGAUAUACCAGUUGGCAAAGUUAAAUGUAAAGCAUCAGCUGACGUAGAUGAUGCCAAACCCACUGAGCCACUAAAGACAGAAUAUAAGGUUGGGGACAAUGUGACAUAUAAAUGUAAGGAGGGACUAGAGAAAGAGAUACGACAGUGCCUAUCAGAUGGUACUUGGUCAGGGGGGAACUUCGUCUGUGGACGUUGUCCGAAUAAAUGGAUUCCCUUCAAAGAAUCAUGUUACAGAUUCUUCGAAGUAGAAGUCAAUAAAACAGCUGCAAAUAAACUCUGCCGAGCAUAUGACGCUGUUGUGACGUCAUCAAAGAAUGCAGAAGAAGAUGAAUUUCUUGUUCACAUGAGGACUGAUAUGCGACCUAUAUGGCUGGGACUGGAAGAGGUCGUCGGUAGAGGGCGCCACAGAUGGCAAGAAGAUAUGUCACAAGUCACGUGGACUAAAUGGAAGAAGGGUAAAAGCAGCGAAUGCGCCUACAUGGAUCGAGCGGGUCGGUGGUCUGGAAUCAGAUGUGAUAUUCCAAAAUAUUUAGCCGUCGUCUGCAAAUUUCAGCCAUCAGACCGCAAGAAAUGCAUUGAUGCUUUUUCAAACUGUGAGGAGAAGAUAGCAUCAGAACCGGGUGUGUGCAGAGAGUAUCCGGAUUUCGCCUGGCAAAGUUGCCCCGCAUCGUGCGGUGUCUGUAAAGACAAAGAUACAAAAUGCACAGCUCCAGAAAAUCCACCAAAUGCAGUAAAAAUUUCAAAAGAGUCGACAAUUGGCAUUGGAGAGUUGUUUGAGUACGACUGCAGUAAACGAUAUGCAUUAAAUGGUGGAAAUUUGAGAAGGGCCUGUCUUCCAUCAGGGAAGCUUUCCGGAAAACCGCCUGAAUGUGUUUCGGAACACAGUAUACCGACUGCCAAUUUUGAUGUGGAAUUACGACAACGUAGUCGCGACGGCGGCGGAGAUGGAAAUGCGUACACUGCCGUAAAUGAAGCUAUGCGUAUUCACAAAGACGGGCGCCUGGUGAAAUGGGAAUUUUACAGCAUUUAUGAUGGCGUGUUGGUUCUUCAGGUUUGGCGAAAAUCGAGGAAAGCUGGAAAAAAGAUAAUUUUUAAACUAGUGGGACAAAACAUCGUAAAAAGUACCAAGAACCAUAGGAUUCGAAGAUACGCCGUCCCUGCAGUUGAUCAAAUCAACGUGAAGGAAGGAGACUUUAUUGGGUUCUUCUUACCGAAGAACGUAAAGGGUGGAAUAACUCUGGACAAAUGUAACAAAAACAUUUCUGGUCGUACUUACGGAAAUCAGUUAGUGUUUGACGGUCGUAUACGAUUUCCAAGUGACUGGGCAGUUGGAGAAGCCUAUACGUUUAAGCCGGAUGGCAUUGUCUGUAAAGUGAUCUCCAUCAAAGCGUUCGUGAUUUAAAUAUAAUUUUAGACAUCAUGUUGUAGAAUAUAUAGAUGAGAAAAAUUAAAUAGCAAGCAAUGUUAUAUAUUUAUCCUUGCAAAUGGCCUCCACAGUACAAGAUUACCUUGUUGAGAGUUGGUUCCGUCAUUGUUAUAUUGUUCAGCCAUUAUUGAUAGGAUAUGGGGUUCUACAUUUCCAUGUGAUUUUUAUAAAAUGUUCAAUAAAUCUUAAUGGUCAGUAAGAUACAUGGAAGAGAUGGUCUCGUUGUGCGCGA